GCCCACAUCCGCCACACUCCGAGACCUUUGCGACGAUACAAAAAAGCCUACACCCCCCGAGGCACGUCGAUUGCACCCCUAGCCACUUCCUCAACGAGCGUGAACGGCGCACCGAUAUCGCCGCCAUGGGGCUCUCCAAAUCCACGCGGAUCAUGAUCCUCUUGGGCAUCGACACUGCCUUUUUCUUUGUAGAGUUGAUUGCGGGAUAUGCAGUGCAUUCCCUGGCUCUUGUAGCCGACUCGUUCCACAUGUUAAACGAUGUCAUAUCACUUCUCGUCGGACUGUGGGCAGUCAAAGUUGCUAGCCAGAAAACCAACUCGAAGACAUACACAUAUGGAUGGCAACGCGCCGAAACCCUAGGUGCCCUGAUUAACGGCGUCUUCCUCGUCGCGCUAUGCCUUUCCAUCUUCCUUGAAGCAAUUCAGCGCUUCGUCGAACCCCAAGAUGUCUCGCAUCCCAUGAUUAUCCUCAUUGUCGGUUCCUGCGGUCUCCUUUCCAAUAUUGUCGGCCUCUUUCUCUUCCAUGACCACGGCCACGGUCACGGCGGCCAUUCACACUCGCACGACGAACACUCACACGCGGAGGAGGGACACUCUCACGGCGCGCAUUCUCACGAUGACCACGACCAUGACCAUGUUGUUGCGGACGAGAGCAGUAACAUCGCCGUCUCUGUGUCUGUAAAGAAGAACAAGCGUCACAGCCGAUCCCAGUCGCGCAACUAUGCCACCCUGGACGAAAUCUAUGUACACCCCUCAUCUUUCAGAAAUAGCAUCAUUGAGUCGUCUCGCCUUCGCGACGAAGAGGCUGAUGACGAAGAAGACAAUGUGGAAGCAGAGGAAGAGCCGACUGAGCGUACUUCGUUGCUUUCCAAGUCUAAGAGAAAUGGGACACACGGUCACUCACACUCAAACGGAAAAUCCAAGGAGAACCAACACAAGGACCACAAGCACACCAAGCCCAAACAGCAGUCUUCUGGCGGCGGCCAUGGCCACUCUCACGCUGAUCUCAACAUGCGCGGUGUCUUCCUGCACGUCAUGGGCGAUGCUCUGGGCAACAUUGGUGUCAUUGCUACUGCCCUGUUCAUCUGGCUUACCGACUUCUCAUGGAGGAUGUAUGCUGAUCCUGCCGUCUCUCUGCUCAUCACCGUGAUCAUCCUUCUCUCUGCCCUGCCCCUCUGCAAGGCCGCGUCCCGCAUCCUGCUCCAGGCUGUUCCUGAGAACAUGUCUAUUGAUGACAUCACCGACGACAUCAGCGAUCUCGACGGUAUCGUCUCUUGUCAUCACUUGCACGUUUGGCAGCUUUCUGAUACCAAGCUCGUUGCCUCUCUCCAUGUCCAGGUUGACUUUGACUUCAAGGGCCAGGGCUCUGCACGCUACAUGGAACUUGCGCGUCAAAUCCGCGAGUGCCUACAUGAAUAUGGUAUCCACUCAUCGACCAUCCAACCGGAGUUCUGUCUCAAUUCCAGCCACGACCACUCGGCGCAUGGCUCAGACGAUAGCGGCGCGGAGGAUGCUGGUCGCAGCAGCAGGAACCCGAGUGUGAGAGGCGGACCUGAUGCUUGUCUGCUGGAAUGUCCCGAGACAUGUGGAGGAGGAAAGCAGUGCUGUGACCCUGGUACUACCGGACCCAACGGUUGCUCAUAGACAUAUUGUGUCAUUUCUUUUUCUGCAUUUCCUUUGUAUCGCACGCCUGGGCACUGUCUGUAUUAUAGGGUUUGCGUGUCUGGUAGCUCAGGUUUUUCUUUGCGUUAUCGAUGUUGCUUCAUUCUGGUGAGCUGCUUUUCCCAACAAAAGCGUGCAUGAGAUUGUUGUGGAUGACCGAGGGGGCGUUUUAGUAUCGGCUUUUACGUGACGAGGAAAGUGGCAGGCACUGUAUGAAUAGUCCAAGAGAGUAAUGAGCCGAAGCGGUUUUUUGCCUCGAGCCUCCCA